AUUUAAAAAGCUUUGUUUUUUAAUUCUUUUUUAAUWGGGGAGACUUGAAUUUUGAGAAAAUGUUGAACAUUUUAUCUAUUUCUGUUUUGGCUUUCCGAAAAAAAGUCACCGAUGAAGGUAAAGUCAAUAACUUAUCGUCAAAACUUCGAGAUAUACUUCGGACAAACUUCGGCAUAGAAACAAGAUGGCUUCUAGRUCUUUUGGUUGUGUACGUUGUGCURCGAGAAAUUUUCAUUUUCAUCUAUUUACGAGACGUUUUUUCAGCUCAAAGAACAAGUACCUCAAGMAGUUUAAAAACAGAAGGAAUCCCAAAAUAAGUGAUUUUGAUGUACAAGAGGUUUUGCAGCGAGGAAAGACCGMUCAGGAAUCAGUUGUCAUGUCAGGGGGGACAACACAAGCCAUUGAAACGACAAGAAUUGCUGUGAUAGCAGUCCUAACAAUGCUAUUUGGAUAUUUUGGUAUAAAAUGGAUGGUAUCUGGUCCUCCAAGUAAAGAGAGAGAAGUAGAAUCUUCAUCAACAAAUGAAUCAACUGUACAGCCAGCUACAUGACAUUUUCUACCAUAAUCCACUGACAUAAAGAAAUUCAGCUCAUUCAUGUUAUUGAAAAAACAGAAGUUUAGCCAUUACAUGAGGCAAAUGUGUAUAUUUUGUUUUGAGAAAAAAAGAACAUUGAUACAUGAAGCAGAUGGAUUGAAAUUUAGCUUUAAAAGGACUUGGUGUUGAUACCUUAAGAAAGUAGAGCUUAACCCUCAACUAACCAAUCAGUAUUUCAUAGACUGACUAAUGUUUCAAAAAAUGAUUAUAGGCCCUUACCAGUUGUGUCAAAUUUUGAAUUCAUGACCCGCCUCUGUAUUCCUUGAUUAGUACAGACUUAUUUACACAGGGUUAUAGCCUCAACUCAGGAUCAAAAUAUUCACAGUUAACAUUAUUUUGUACAGUUGAUUAUAACAAUACAGACACUAGCACCCUUUCAGUGAAAUUCCAUCCAGGUUUUUUGGAAUCAAGACACACAAUGCAUUGUUUGUCACAGCAAAAAUUCCUAAGCAUUUUCUUUCAUUUCUUGUCAAAACUAAACAUUUUCCACCACCACAAACAAAAAUACUAUGCUAAAAGAUAUUUUGUUGAAUCUUUAUGCAUAUAAGUCUUUUUCCCUUUAUUUUUGAGUAAAAGCUGCUGUUUAUUGAGCUGAAAACCAGAAAAUAGGAAAUAUUUUAAGCUUAAAAGCUUUGAACAAAAUGUUUGCUGAUGGUAAUUCRUUCUGGAUGAGAAAAGCAAAAUCACUUGAGUUGAUGGAGCUUCACUGAAACAAAGGUACUGGAAUAUUCACAACAUUAAGGCUAAGGUCUGUUAAGGCUCAGCAACAGAGAACAUGAAACUGGUGUAUAUGGUUUAUCCAAAAGAAGUUCAGAUAUGACAAUAAAUUAAAAACUAUUGGCUUUUUUAUAUUUGUUUAUUAAAUAUAUAUUAGUUUUUUCUUGUGCUUUUUUGUACUUUUUUUUAUAAAAACCGGUUAUUUAAGAAUUUAUACAAGGACAUCUAUAAAAUGCUAAGUAUGUUAAAUUAUGACAUAUGUACAGUCGAUAGGAAUGAUAAACAAAUAAAUACAAACCAUAUUUCAUUA